AUGAGACUAUUCGACUACCAUUUGGAUGAGCAGUUGAACGGGCUUAUAACAGUUGAAUGUGUAGAAGGUUCUAUAGACUAUCUUGGCUGGAAAACUGAAAAAGGCCAAUAUAAAUCGACAAAUCGUCUCAAUAAUGUUUUGCAGCUUACUGAAAAUGGAAAACAUCAAGUUCAACAAAUAUGUGCUAAUGAAGGAAGUGAUCUUCAAAGAUCUUGUGAUGGGAUUGAUAAAUAUGUAGAAACAUGUAAUCACUAUGCAAAUGAACAUAACAUUGAUACCGAUUUUUCAGUGCAUAUGAUUAUUAAAGGAAACCAUGUUCCACAAAAUAUUAUCCAAGAAAAAACUGUGCCAUCUCGAAUUAAUUUAAGUCGAGAAGUACAAGACCUUGCAAUCACAAGUCGUCGAGCUGACAAAUGA